CCUCACAGCCACUUCACAGCAAACCUCACUCAUACCAGCAGAAAGCAAAAAGCAGCAAACAGAGGAGCCUCUGUCAACCCUGCAAGUUGUCCCUCAGUCUGGUGAAGGAAUACACUCUGUUUUUUCCGUAUCAUCCUCUAUCUACAUCUACACUGAGGUCAACAUGUUCAUCAAUGAGGAGCUCGAGUGCAUUGUGUGCUGCUACGAGUACUCCCGCAGCGACCGGAUCCCUCGGGUCCUGCACUGCAAUCAUACUUUUUGCGCCCCCUGCCUGGAGAAACUGUCCAAGCUGGACGGAGUCAUCCGCACCGUCUCCUGCCCUCUGUGCCGCUGGAUUACCUGCACCCGGGCCAGCCUGACCCUGCCCGGCGCCCUGUGGGUCAACACGGAGAUCUGGGACCAGAUUGCAGAAGAGCAGCGAGUGAGGAAGGAUAAAUCAGUGGAGAAUUUGAAUUACCCAAAGACCCAGCUCAUCAAGCCAGACCUCACUAAUUCAAGACAGUCUGGCUUCAUGUCCACGCUUCAAAAAAUAUUCAGCUGUGUGCUGCUGCAAGAACAAGAGAUGGAGCGCUGCUGACACUUAAACCAGCAUAAGACAUUUUGGUUGCAUCUACCUUUCUUUUCCUGUUUGACGUGACAGAUCUGAUGAACGUGGCAGCGCGUCUGCAGUGCCAUACUCAGUGUGGUUUGUAUGGCCAGAGUCGCACUGAUAUCUCAGGUGGACUAUGAGGAACGAAGGCCUGGUACAGGAGGUACAUGUGAAGUUUUGGUUGGUUUUUUUUUCUUUUUUUUUUGGUUUUAAAAGAACUACACUGUCUUUAAGACAACAUAUUUUCUAUGAAUUUGUUGUGAAACACUGCUGUAUAGUUUUUUUUUAAAAUCACUGUAAGAGGAACUGUGAAAUAUCUGUGAAUGAAUAUUUAAUCAGCCUUCUCAAAACAAGUUAGGUUAACUGUGUUUAGGUGUGAAGAGCUCAUUCAUAUUUAAAGUAAUUCACUGGUAUAAGGAAUGCUGUAUUUUGUAAAACACUGCAUAAUAUAAAUUAACAAUUCUUUUGUAUCUGUACAGUAAAUUGCAUUUAUUUUGGUACAUCUGUUAGAAAAUCAGGUGUAGAUUGGAGGAGCUGUGUUUUUUUAAUCUAUGUAUCAUUGACAUGAAGGAUUUGCAUCAGUUAUUCUGAGUUAUUUAUACAGCGUAAACAAAAUCACAACUAUUGACUGUCUAUGGUACAGACAUUUGUGCACAUUUCCAUGUAAAGUCAACACCAUCUGUGAAGUGUUACUGGAUGAACCAUGAAGAACAAUGUUCUAGUAACCAAACAUGGGCAGCAUUUUAAUAAAAGUUGUUCAGAAGUAUUUUGUCCAGAGUUU